UGCGAACCAAUCAGAAUUCAGAUCAGGGAGAGGCUCAUUUGUUGACAGGAAGCGUGUAAAGAGGAACCGCUACUACCCAGCUCAAGCUGUGAACCAAGUUACAUCUAAUAAAGCGAGAAUUUCACAAACCCCUCACUCGGCGUGUGGAGGAAAAGAAUGUGUUUUAACAUCGUCCCGGGGCAAAGAUGCAAUGGAGGUCAUUAGUUGUGGGGCUAGUCGUUUUGAGACUGUCUCUCAGCUGUUUGCUGUGGCUAGCGUUUGGACUGGGACCAGGCGUCAGUUUCGGAUUUAACUUUCAUCUAAGUUUUAAUUUGCACAAACUAGACUUAUUAUUUCGUGAAGAAAAGGGUGUCGAGUCCAAAGGUAAGACUUGGUCUCAACAAAUACAAGGGAAGAAAUAUGAAGAGACGGAGAGUACCUGCGCCCAGGCGGGACAGCAGCCCGCACCACCGCGGUCCUACCUGGGGCUCUUCCAGGGCAGACAGGACGAGUACGUCCGCAGAUACAGCUCCUUCCCGGAGUCUCUCAAGACAAAGAUGAAAGACAUGGCCAGAGACAUGUUCUAUUUUGGAUAUGACAAUUACAUGAAAUAUGCUUUUCCCAAGGAUGAGCUCAACCCCAUAGACUGUGAAGGCAGGGGACCAGACGUGCUAAACCCGUCAAACAUCAACAUUAAUGAUGUUUUGGGGAAUUAUUCACUCACACUGAUAGACACCCUUGACACUCUUUUGGUGCUUGGUAAUGUGUCAGAGUUCCAAAAAGCGGUGAAGCUGGUGAUAGAUACAGUGUCAUUUGACAAAGACUCGACAGUUCAAGUAUUUGAAGCAAAUAUCAGGAUUUUAGGAAGUCUGAUCUCGGCACAUAUCCUCCUGACCGACCCAAAGCACCCGUUUGGAGAGGUGAGUUUUGAGGACUACGACAAUGAACUGCUGCAUUUGGCUCACGACUUGGCUGUACGUCUGCUGCCAGCCUUCGAGAACACAAACACUGGCAUUCCUUAUCCCAGGGUGAACUUAAAGACUGGAGUCCCCCCUGACAGCAUCAAUGAGACCUGCACUGCUGGGGCUGGCUCUUUGCUGGUGGAGUUUGGGAUUUUGAGUCGACUUAUUGGAGAUUCGACGUUCGAGUGGGUGGCCAGACGAGCUGUCAGAGCUCUGUGGAAGCUACGAAGCAAUGAAACUGGUUUGUUAGGAAAUGUAGUGAACAUCCAAACAGGACAGUGGGUUGGGAAGCAGAGUGGGCUCGGAGCGGGGAUGGACUCCUUCUAUGAGUAUUUACUGAAAUCAUACAUCCUUUUUGGGGAGAAGGAGGACUACCGGAUGUUCCAGUCAGCUUAUGAGAGCAUCCAGAACCAUUUGAGAAGAGGUCGUGAGUCGUGUAAUGAGGGUGAGGGAGACCCACCUCUGUAUGUGAACGUCAACAUGUUCAACGGUGAAAUCAUGAACACUUGGAUCGACUCUCUCCAAGCCUUUUUCCCUGGACUGCAGGUGUUAAAUGGAGAUGUGGAUAAUGCCAUUUGUCUGCAUGCAUUCUACUAUGCCAUCUGGAAGCGCUUUGGGGCCCUGCCAGAGAGGUACAACUGGCAGCUGCAGGCACCUGAUGUGCUCUUCUACCCCCUGAGGCCUGAAUUGGUGGAGUCCACCUACCUGCUCUAUCAGGCAACAAAAAACCCUUUCUAUUUGCAUGUUGGCAUGGAUAUUCUUCAGAGCCUUGAGAAAAAUGCCAAAGUCAGGUGUGGAUAUGCCACUCUCCACCAUGUUGUCGACAAAUCAAAAGAAGAUCGCAUGGAGAGCUUCUUUCUCAGUGAAACGUGCAAAUACCUUUAUCUGCUGUUCGAUGAGGACAACCCCCUGCACAGGUCUGAUAAUAAGUACAUCUUCACCACAGAGGGACAUGUAGUGCCCAUAGACAAGCGCUUCAGGGAGCGAAAGUGGAGUGACCUGGGGCCCUGUGAAGAUGGAGCCCUGAGAGAGACGGGGCCGGCCACAUGGCAGCACAGCAACACCAGCAACUGUGACCGAAUACCAGAGGAGCGGCGCUAUGCCCUGCCUUUGAAGAGUGUGUACAUGAGGCAGAUCGACCACAUGGUGGGACUGUUUUAAAAAACUCAAAUCAUCACCUCAGAACAAAAUCCAUGGAAAAGGUUAGAGAACAAGAGAACUGUGCCGACCGCUCUGUACCUGGUUUGCUGCUUGGCAUUCACUCUAGAAAUACUAUCCUGGCCUGGUUAUCCAAACCAAUACACUUUUUGGGGUGAAGUGGGUCUUUUAAGAUGAGCUAUGUAACUUUUCUGGCAGGUGAUCUGUCACCUGCUUGUCUUCAAACAGAUGUUAUUUCUUUGCUUGGGAUAUUGCAUUUUCUUAGUUUCUCAAUAAAAAUACCUCAAAUUGAAUAAUUACAAUAAACUUAAACUUAUCUAUCUUAAGUUUAUACUGGGGAAUAUUCCAGGCAAAGCAAUAACAUCUCCAUGGAGACAAGUGGCGGACCCCACCACCAGGAAAAUUACAUAAGCUUUAAAUCUUUAAACCUUUUUUUUUACUAAGUUUUAUUCCUUUCAAUAACAGUCCUGCUAAACUAUCACAGCUGUGGAUAUAGUUUUUGUUUGUUAAAGUAUAUAUAUUGGAAUUUACAUUGCAUAAACUUCACCCCAAAAGAGGACCAGACUAAUUGCUGGCUGGCCAGGCUACAGGAAUACCUGAGAAACUAUUUAGAUUUGAGUGUGUUUGAGUAUUUAAUUUUGCUGGUCAAUAGGUGGAUGAGUGAAAGACUUUUACUACAAUUGUAUUUUGUGUGAAUGUAUCAGUACUAUUUUUGAACAAUGGGAACAGUGCCAAUUAGCAACUUUAAACACUUAGUGUCCACUUUAUUAGAUACACCACCGACCAGUGAAGUGUGAAUUCAGUGAAAACAGUUCUUAGCAGGUGCCUAGUGCCUCUUCAUCCGUCUACAAAACUAAAGUGCUUAAACUGGGGUUUUUCAAACCAAAACCAAAAUAGACUUUUAAUGAUGUAUUAUAUAGGUAUAACUCAAGUUUAACUGGGUCUACACCGGGUCUACACCGGGUCUACACCGGGUCUACACCGGGUCUACACCGGGUCUAAACCGGGUCUAAACCGGGUCUAAACCGGGUCUAAACCGGGUCUAAACCAAGUCUAAACCAAGUCUAAACCAAGUCUAAACCAAGUCUAAACCGACAUUAAGCAGUGAUUCUAAAAAUUAAAUCACAAAUAUGGCUUGAACCCAAAAUAGUCCUGAGUACCACCACAGGUCCUUGGGCCACACUUUGAGAACCGUUGUGUUAAAGAAAAAGGGCUGGAACAAACAAGGAAUGGACAAGUCCUAUGCACCAUUUUCAUAACCCAGGUCGUAUUGUACUGUCUUGUAUUGGUUUGGAUUUCCAUUUUGUAACAUUUAAACUUGAUAUUUCAAUUAAUAGACAAUAGUACUUUUAGGAUAUAGGCAUGUAGAGGAGUUAAAGUAUCUCUUUGCUUCUCAUAUUGUUGCACAUCAACAAACUUAAUAUUAUGGAACAGACCUUUUUUCUUGAAAUGCACAGAAGAUCUCCUGCUAGAUUUCUCCUUUUUAUAAUCAAUCUACAAUCAAUUAACACUAAACCAAUAAAAUAUUGCCUAGGAUCCAUAAUUUAGUAUUUUACAAAGGUCAUCGUUGAAUAUCUCAGAGUUCAUGAUUGACCGGUGGACUUGCCAAUCAGGGAAAUGCAUGGUGCAGUGUAUCAAAACAAAUAUAGCUGCUAUGAGGAAAAAAGAAAGGGAAAAAAAAUACCACAGGGGACUGAAAAACGUUGCAGAUUUCUACAUAAUCACUGUCUCUAUAAAACAUGCAGAAAGAUAUCAUUCUGGACUUGCCAGGCAAAAU